UUAGUUAGACACCUGCCAUGCAAUUUGCAUAGAAGAAAUAGGCCGUCCAGAAUGCUGCAGGAAUCUUAAGGCUUCCAAACCAUGAUAUAUAUAUAUAUGUGUGUGUGUGUGUGUGCGUGCGUGUGUGUGUGUGCGUGCGUGUGUGUGUUGUGUAUUUUUAUUGCUUGUACCAGGUGGUUGGAUAGGGGAGGGUGACGAAGGUUUCUGCCCAAAAAGCAGUUACCUGUGAGCGAAGCUGUCCUUCGCAGGUCACUUGCUUUGGGUGGUCUCUGCAGGACGCGGAGCAGAGUCCCGGUGUAGGUCGCUUCUUGAGUUCUCUAGGAAACAAAGUUCAGAGGAUUCUGCAGGGCUAGGGUGCUUGAAAAGAUGCCCCCCAUUUGGUGGCACGAUUGGAAGACCGCCGCUGCUGUUGCUGCUGCUUCUGGUAACGAAGGCGCAGCACCUAGAACGUGGCGUUCACAUCAUUUCUUGUCGCCUGUUUGUUGCACGUGCUGUGCAAGAUUUACUCUUUGACAUCUUGACUUAAUCUAUUCUCUACAAAUUUCCCCUGAGGAGUAGGAGCAGUAUUUUUGCUUGUAGUGCACAUUUCAGUGUGCUGUUAAGCGGGAUGGUUCAGUGCUUGGGUAAGUACGGCUGAGGAGAAUGUUACAAACAGUUACUGCUUGUUGUCUUGUUUAAAAUUCCCCAGUCCUGCCCAUGUCCUUAAAUAUCGACUGUUUCCUUGCGCUCCUUGUCAAGAAGGAAGUAAAUAGCUUUUCUUGGUAUAUUUUGUUAACAGCUUGUGCUGACGGAAAUUAAAACACUUGCAAGAGGUUUGAUUGGAUAUGCUCUUGAUUGCCAGUAAGAAUGAGGUUUUAACAGAACCAGCUUCCCCCAAGAAGAGCUUCUGUCAUUGUUUCACUACAGGUCCCUGUGGAUGCUCCUGCCUCUCGCAGAGAUUUGGCAGAGAGCUGCCCUGACGCCCUCUGUAGCCUGCCCAAUUCCGUUCCAUCCGGUCCAAACUGCAGGGCAGCAAAGGAAUGAAUUGCAUGCCGCCUGUGCUGGAUUGGGACAGUGGUGCCCCGCGUGCAUGCCUUUCCUGGCCCCGUAGGCCGCGAUACCUCGAUGAAGAGCUCUCCUAGCCGGAUCCUGUACUCGUAAUGAGAGAGGAGCUUUUUAUCACCACUCUCCUCGCUGUCUCACUGGGAUCUCAGGGCUUUUCUCGGGCUUUUUCAGAAUCCAAGCACGUCCGUUCCACUGAGAAUGUGCCUGAAAAAGUAACCUUUGGUUUUCCCCUUUUGGAUAAUUGAAGGGGAAGCAUUUUUGAGCAGUGUCGUCCCUGUCUUAGGCUCCAUAAACGCGGAAUGUCAGUGCGAAGCAAAGUAAAACGAAGGCAUUGCUUUAAUUCCUUGCGGUGGUUAAGUCUUGCAGUGGCGGUGUUGCUGUCGAUCCACACUUGCAAAAAUCUGCCCUAUAAUAAAGAAAGAUGUCCUCUGAAAUUUCUGGCCUGGCCCUGCCUUCCAACACACACGUGUCCAUCCAGUUGAGACAGCUUCUGUUUUUCUAGUAGUCCUCAGGAUUCAGAGUGAGAGACACCUUUAUUUAAAUAAAACCAAACCAAAGUGGUGAUGCUGUAUUGAGACGGCUGCUAAACACAUUCAGGUGUGGAGCAAAGAAAGAAUUCUUGCUCAGUCUGGCCACUGUGCUCAAACCUGGGCUUGGAUGGAGAAGAACAUCCAGCCCAGUACCUUAGAAGCAGUUUUUUACUUGGUGGAAGAGUCAUAAAAGUUCCUGUGCAGUGACGGACAAUUCGAGGUCUCCUUUAAUUCUCAAGGAGGGUGUUGUGGGGUGUGGGAAGGUGGGGCUGGACGGGGGAGCCCUGUCAAGAAAGCUUCCCAGUCUUCCAGGCCCACGCCAGCCACACCUUGCUUUGUGCUGUGAAGCGCUGGGUGUGGUUUGGGAAAUUGUUCUCUGCAGUCGAACCAAUGACAGAAGCUGUUCUUUAGAAUUUCUAGGAUGGCUGUAUUCUGCGAUCAGAAUGUGACAGUCAAGCUGGGCAGAAUCCAACGCCAAGAUGGAAGGUAAGGUGACGUUUAUUCACUGGGAAUGCUUAAGACAGCCAGCAAUUGAAGGACAGCUGCUUCCAUGAUAGCCCUAGGAGUAAUUUCUCAUACCUCUGCUUGUUUUGGUAGCUGUAAUCUUUCUAAAAUGAUGUAAACUGGUAUUUUCUUCAUGGCUUACUAAAACUAAUGUUUUAAGAUUGCAAAUGUUGUCUCUUUUUCCCUUUAAUAUUUCUAAAACUACUUUCCCAAGUCGUUUUUUUUAAAGAGUAAGCAACAUCUCUUGUUCUUCAUUGGAGUCGCUGAUUCUGUAUGCCAAAAAAGUUACGUGCUAAACUCUUAGGGGAGAAGAGAAUUCCCGUUGGUGUUGCGCGCAUCUCCCCGGAGACGUCCUCCCGUACCGUGCCGUGUGAGCACACACGGGUGGCGCUUGUCCGUGUGUUGUGGUUCUGGCUCAGGAACGUAAUGCAGGGGAGGGUUUUGGACCCUGCCAAUGACUCGGUUGCCUUUGCUGGAUUGAAUGCUAGAAAGCAAGCCCAGAGUCCAUUUUGCUCAGCUACAGCAAGCCCUCUGCAAAGCCCCCUGGGCGCUGAACACAGAGAAUGUAAAAUAAGCCGAAUGGAGGAGAAGGCUGGUAUAGUUUGACCUUGGAGCAUGAGCUGUUGCACGGGGUCAAGAAUCUGUGCACGGUUCCUUUUCCUAACGCUUUUUUAACGGUCUCUUUCGGUACACGAUGGACCUCCCGCUCGCUCUUAACCAGUGUGUGUGAAAACUCACGGAGCAAGUGCUGCGCAGCAGCUAAAUUCUCAGUGGUGGCAUUCAGAAUCGAUCACCUCAGGACUUACUAGUGGUACUGCUUCAUUUUUAAGCUCUCACUUGAUGCUGGGCUUCGGCAGCCAUUGUCUUUGCUCAAUGCAGUCUGCUUUCAUUUCCCAUCCAUUCUUAUGCUGCGCAGAACUCUGAUUUACAAGGCCUGUUUUAGUCAAGAGGACUUCCUUGGACUCCAAAAGCCUUCCCAGACCUCUUCCUUGGUUUCAUAUUUUUGCGGUUGGCAAAGGUACUUCUUGGCUCUGAUUAAAGAACCCUGAGCUUCAGGAUCUGUAGGCACCAUUGUUGGAAAAGCCCAGCCGGGAAGGCUGUCUGUUGAGAACAUGCCUGGCUUUGGAAGCCUUCCCCUCUAGCCGUUCAAGUUUCACUCGUCUUCGGACUUUGUAAACAAAUAUUGGUUCUGCUUUUGCCUGUACCGUUUAAUUUUUGUGUGUAUGUGAAGUUUAACUCAAUUUUGUCUUGGAAAACAGACUGUAUGUUGGAUUCAGGUCUUGUAUAACUUUCCUCGUGCAUGGAGAUUGUAUGUUUUCUACAGGACCUUUCUCUCUCCUUCCCUCUCGCUCUCUCUCGCUCUCGCUCUCUCUCUCAGCCUCUCUCUCUCGCUCUCCCUCUCUCAGUCUUUCUCUCUCGCUCUCUCUCAACCUCUCUCUCUCAUUUUUUAUUUUGUACAGUGUUUGUGAGAUGUUAUUCAUUUUAACAUGGUGGUGCUUUAAAAAAAUAAAUAAAAAUGACUGCUUCCCACUUAUUAGUAGUUCAUAUCACUGAUGAACGUGCGUUGUGUUACUACCUUAGACUGGGGACAGCACACGUGUUGGGAGCUUGCUCGUUUUCUCUUUCUGCAGGUGGUGUAUGAAAUGUGAUUCCAGAGGUAAAAUUGUUUUUGUCUUUCAAGGGUGGGAGGCCAGGGAGGUGAGGGCGAAGGGUUGUCUUUUUGGUUUUGGCUUUGCUUUGUUUUUAAAUCGGUGGCAUCACCUUACUUUUUACUCUUUUUGCUGCUUGUCCCUUUCUUUACUAUUAAACUGCUGAUGUUUAUUUUCAGGAAUGUUUUGCAAAAUGUCCUUCUCACACUCUUCCCCAGUUCAACUGCAUUUGUUGUGAAACACCUCCUUGAAUACACACAGGAAGCCGAGACCAACCUGCAGUACAGCCUCUUGUUAGUCUUUGGCCUCUUUAUGAUGGAGAUUGUGCGCUCAUGGUCCUUGGCCUUAACCUGGGCUUUAAAUUACCGCACGGGGGUCCGACUGCGUGGAGCCAUCCUUACCAUGGCGUUCAAGAAAAUACUCAAGUUGAAAAACAUCAAGGAGAAGUCCUUGGGCGAGCUCAUAAACGUGUGUUCCACUGAUGGACAGAGAAUGUUUGAAGCUGCGGCCGUGGGCAGCCUGUUGGCCGGAGGCCCUGUUGUUGCCAUUCUUGGCAUGGUCUACAACGUCUUCAUUCUGGGACCGACGGGAUUCCUGGGGUCGGCCGUCUUCAUCCUCUUCUAUCCAGCGAUGAUGUUUGCAUCCCGCCUGACAGCUUAUUUUAGAAGGAAAUGUGUAUCUGCCACUGAUGAACGUGUUCAGAAGAUGAAUGAAGUUCUGAAUUACAUUAAGUUCAUUAAAAUGUAUGCCUGGGUCAAAGCUUUUUCUCAGAAUCUUCAAAAAAUCAGAGAGGAGGAACGCAGGAUCUUGGAGCGUGCGGGAUACUUUCAGAGCAUCACCGUCGGAGUGGCUCCCAUUGUCGUGGUUAUUGCCAGCGUGGUGACCUUCUCUGUCCACAUGAUCCUUGGCUAUGACUUGACAGCAGCGCAGGCCUUUACAGUGGUUACAGUGUUCAAUUCAAUGACCUUUGCUCUGAAAGUCACGCCUUUUUCCGUGAAGUCCCUGUCCGAGGCAUCUGUUUCCGUUGAUAGAUUUAAGAGUUUGUUUCUAAUGGAAGAGGUUCAUAUGGUAAAGAAAAAACCAGCCAGUCCUCACACAGCCAUAGAGGUGAAAAAUGCCACCUUGGCAUGGGAACCCUCCCAUGCUAGUGUCCAGAGCUCGCCCAAGAUGACCCCUAAAAUGAAAAAAGGCAAGAUAAGCAAGAACAAGAAGGAGAAGAGGAAGCUGCAGCAGCAUGAAGGACAACGGGCGAUGCUCGCUGAGCAGAAGGGCCACCUCUUAGUGGACAGUGAUGACCCCCCAAGCCCAGAGGAGGGGAAUAGACACCUCCACCUGAUGAACACCCGGCUGCAGAGGGUUCUGUACAAUAUUGACCUGGAAAUCGAGAAGGGGAAACUUGUUGGAAUAUGUGGCAGUGUCGGGAGUGGGAAGACUUCACUCAUUUCGGCCAUUUUAGGACAGGUGACUCUCCUAGAGGGCAGCAUUUCUGUGGACGGAACAUUUGCCUACGUGGCCCAGCAGGCCUGGAUUCUGAAUGCCACUCUUCGAGACAACAUCCUGUUUGGGAAAGAAUUGGAGGAAGAAAGGUACAACACGGUGCUGAACGACUGUUGCCUCAGGCCGGAUCUGGCGAUCCUGCCGAAUGGAGACUUGACCGAGAUUGGUGAGCGAGGGGCAAACCUGAGUGGGGGGCAGCGCCAGAGGAUCAGCCUGGCCCGCGCGUUGUACAGCGACAAGAGCAUCUACAUCCUGGACGACCCUCUCAGUGCCUUGGAUGCACACGUGGGCAACCACAUCUUCAACAGUGCUAUACGGAAGCACCUGAAGUCGAAAACCAUCCUCUUCAUCACGCACCAGCUACAGUAUCUUGUCGAUUGCGAUGAAGUGAUCUUCAUGAAAGAAGGCUGCAUCACCGAAAGGGGGAACCACGAGGAUCUGAUGAACCUGAACGGCGACUAUGCCACAAUUUUUAACAACCUGCAGCUGGGAGAAACUCCACACAUUGAGAUCAGUUUAAAGAAGACUACAAACAGUUCGUUGAAAAGGCACCCGGAGAAAGGCACCAAAUCUGGAUCUGUGAAGAAGGAGAAAGUGGUCAAGAAGGAAGAAGGCCAGCUCAUGCAAGUCGAGGAGAAGGGCAAAGGCUGCGUCCCGUGGUCCGUCUACGGCGUCUACAUCCGCGCGGCUGGAGGCCCCGUGGCUUUCCUCGUCAUCAUGGCACUGUUUGUGCUGAACGUGGGCAGCACUGCGUUCAGCAACUGGUGGCUGAGCUACUGGAUCAAGCAAGGCAGCGGGAAUACUACGCGGAUGUUGGGAAACGAAACAGUUGUGAGCAACAGCAUGAGAGACAAUCCUGACAUGCGGUACUAUGCCGGCAUCUACGCACUCUCCAUGGGUGUCAUGCUAAUUCUGAAGGCUGUGCGUGGCAUUGUCUUUGUCAAGGGGACGUUGCGGGCCUCCUCCAGGCUCCACGAUGAGCUCUUCCGACGGAUUCUUCGUAGCCCUAUGAGUUUUUUUGACACUACGCCUACGGGGCGGAUCCUCAAUCGGUUUUCCAAAGAUAUGGAUGAAGUUGAUGUCCGCCUGCCGUUUCAAGCUGAGAUGUUCAUACAGAAUGUCAUCCUGGUAUUCUUCUGCGUGGGGGUGAUCUCUGGCGUCUUCCCGUGGUUCCUAAUGGCAGUGGGGCCUCUUGUCAUUCUUUUUACCAUCCUGCACGUUGUAUCCAGAGUCUUCAUUCGGGAGCUGAAGCGCCUGGACAACAUCACGCAGUCUCCGUUCCUUUCUCACAUCACGUCGAGCAUACAAGGCCUCUCCACGAUCCAUGCCUACAAUAAAGGCAAAGAGUUCCUGCAUAGGUAUCAAGAACUGCUGGACGACAAUCAGGCGCCGUUCUACCUGUUCAGCUGCGCCAUGCGGUGGCUGGCGGUCAGGCUGGACAUUGUCAGCAUCGCGCUCAUCGCCACCACCGGCCUCAUGAUUGUCUUGAUGCACGGCCAGAUCUCCCCGGCGUACGCGGGCCUGGCCAUUUCCUAUGCUGUUCAGCUGACAGGGUUGUUCCAGUUCACCGUCAGGCUGGCCUCAGAGACCGAAGCCCGCUUCACCUCUGUGGAAAGGAUCAACCACUACAUCAAGUCCCUUUCUCUGGAAGCUCCAGCUCGGAUUAAGAACAAAGCGCCCCCUCCAGACUGGCCCCAGGAAGGAGAAGUCAUCUUCGAAAAUGCGGAAAUGCGGUAUCGGGAGAACCUGCCCCUGGUCCUCAAGAAGGUCUGCUUCACCAUCAAGCCCAAAGAAAAGAUUGGCAUUGUGGGCAGGACGGGGUCAGGGAAGUCUUCUCUAGGAAUGGCUCUCUUCCGCUUGGUCGAGCUCUCCGGAGGCUGCAUUAAAAUCGACGGCGUGAAAAUCAAUGACAUUGGCUUAGCAGAUCUGCGGAGCAAGCUUUCCAUAAUUCCCCAGGAACCUGUACUGUUCAGUGGUACUGUGAGAUCUAAUUUGGAUCCUUUCACACAGUACAGUGAAGAGCAAAUUUGGGAUGCUUUGGAAAGGACUCACAUGAAGGACUGUGUCUCUCAGCUGCCCAUGAAACUUGAAUCCGAAGUGAUGGAAAAUGGGGAGAACUUCUCUGUGGGGGAGAGGCAGUUGCUCUGUAUAGCUCGAGCUUUGCUCCGCCGUUGCAAGAUAUUGAUCCUGGAUGAAGCAACUGCUGCCAUGGACACAGAGACUGACCUGCUGAUCCAAGAGACGAUCAGAGAAGCAUUUGCAGACUGCACGAUGCUGACGAUCGCCCACCGCUUGCACACCGUUCUGGGCUCUGAUCGGAUUAUGGUGCUGACGCAGGGGCAGGUAGUGGAAUUCGAUACUCCGUCUGCUCUUCUGUCCAAUGAGAACUCCCGUUUUUUUGCCAUGUUUGCAGCUGCAGAAAAUAAGGUUGCUGUUAAGGGCUAAACUUCAGGGCAGUGUCACUUUGACCCAGAGGGCGAAGCUCUCUGUCUGUGGCAGGUACCUCUUCCUCCGUCUCCGCAUUCUUCAAGCAGAUCAUUGCCUUUUGCAUCUUUUUCUGUAGCAUCGUGUGUCAAGAUUGAGCUCUUCUUUUAAAAGUACUGUAAGGAGGAUUCUUUAUGAUUUUUAUUAUGGUAUUUAUUCCAUAUUCUUCUUACUAAUUUUUGCUAUAAAAUGCACUCUACAAAGUGGCUCAGGGAGCCAUGAUGAUAAAUGUAUCAAGAGGCCUAUUUUGAAGCUUUAUACAUGUAGCUAUAUCUAUACAGAAUUCUGUACAUAGCCUAUAUUUACAGUGGAAAUGUACGCUGUUUAUUUUAUAUUAAAAUGAGCGCUGCGUUAAUACCAGUGCAUAUUCUUUUCUAUCAUUUUUGUACAGUUUUAUGGUACUGGGAAACCGGCUUUUGCCAGGCUGCAUCGGGGCCCCGUUUUGUCUCUCGCAGCCGGUUUUCUCUUGGUGCUGGAUUUUCCGAGGUCUCUGGAUAGAAGUGACGCUUCGCAGUCGUUCUCUGUUCUCGCUGCCCCGCAGAAAGUGAGCUCUCGUGAUGCGCCUCCGUCGUAUCACAACCAUAGAGCGCUUUGGCACAUAGUUAAGGCACACGGAAGCAGCCGUUUCCCAGGCUUCUGUCCCCCGGCGGGGUCUAGGUUUCCCCCUCCCUUUUUGUGAUUUUAUAAAUAAACUCUGUCAUAGCAGUAGGGGGAAGAACCAAACAUUGCCUCAGGUACCUUAACACCCCAUUGAUACUCAUUCCAGUGCAAUAAAAGGAAUGUGAUUACAUUCUCUAUUAGUAGAGUUCUGCUUAUAUUUUAUAGAGAGGAAGUGCAGACCCCUCUGCUUUGCUGAGCAAACCUUCCUGCCCAGAAGAAACAAGAUUCUUAAUAAACUGCAGCAGUGGGUUUUCUAGACUGGCGCUGCCUGCACAAUCUCUCAGCGUGGCCUCCGCUGCAUCAUUACUUCGGCAUUUCCGGCAAUUAAUCCUUCGCCCUGCUCAAUAUGUGUGCAUAUUUGUCUCUAAAACAGUUGUGGUUCCCUUCUGCAGUUUCUAGCAGGCUCCUGCUGAUCAGGGUUUGACACUGGUGUAGGAAAUUUUAUUUUCUUACUGUAAAGAGACCUACCUCAGGUUGCUGGGUCCUGUGUGGCACAUGGGCAUGGUGCCUGUAUGCUGUCCCUCUUGUAUGCCCAGUAGCCCAGUAGCCCAGGUGGGCAUGGUCAAUCCUGUAAUAGUGCAUAAUUUUUACUUGGUCAGCAUUGCAUGGUUGGGGGGUUUUCUUUCUUGCGGUUUGUUUGUCCAGUUGGACACUUUAUAGCCUUAGCAUGUUUGGAAAUGGUCUGGUCAAGACGAACAUCCAAGAAAGUGAAUAAAAACUAUUUUGGGUUUUGUAAA